GCCAUUUAGUAUAAAAGUGGAAAGAACAUUGCAGUUCCUCAUUAUAUUCUUCUAUUUCUAAUAUUAGUAAUCUAAAGCUAAAAGUACGAAAAUGAAGGUCCUCGCAUCUUUGAUUUUGUUGGUUUUGGUAAAUUAUGCCUAUUCGGCUGACACAACAGACGUAGCCUCUUGCCAUGACGUUCUUCUACCAGAAGUAAAAAUAUCUGUUGACGACGUCCUUUGUGAACUAGGACCAUGUGUAGUAAGCCCUGGAGCGAAAAUUUAUGUGGAAGUUUCCUUCGAUACCCCUGUAAAACUGGAAAACGUUAAGCCAAAGAUGACAGCUACAGUAUUGGGUCUUGACGUAGAUUUACCCUUGAACCAAGACAAUGCUUGUGAUGGACUUCUGAACACUGAAUGUCCAGUAGAAGUUGGUGGACACGUGGAUUACGCAUAUACCUAUAGCCUAACUGACGUCUUCCCCGAGGUUACUGCGACAUUGACCAUCAAUCUUCUUGACGAAGACAACGAUAACGCUGAAAUUCUUUGUUUCUCAAUUGAAGUUCAAGUUAAGAAAUCGUAAAGUAGAUAUUGACAGAAAAAAUAUGUAAUGUACGCGUAGAGAUAUAAAUAUAAAACUACUCUUACUUAA